AGCGUCCUAUUUGCUUCUACCAAAAGUGCCGAUAUAGAGUUAAUGUUUUUACAAUGUCAUAGUGAAGAAUAUGAAUGAAGCCGAAUUCUCUCUAUAUCCAGGUAACUAUUCUGUUCGUGUUAUCUUUGAUACCAUGGCCGGGACCUUCGGUUUUCAAGAUAUCUUGUCCAAGAGAUAAUGCUAGAAUAGUGAGAAAGAUAAUACAAACAAAAUGGCUACCAGUUUUAGAAAAAUUUAAAGUUACUCUACCAUUAGAAUGUCCUUUUCAUCCUAUGAGAGACAUAUUCGGACCACAACAAGCGGCCAAAAAACAACACAGAGCUUCGCAGUGGACUUGCGGUAUUUGCGGAAAAUCUUUCUUCGAAGAAAAAUAUUUAGAUAUGCAUUUUGACAAUCGACACAAGGAAUUUAUAAAUGUGGCUGAAGACGCAGUGUGCCUUGCCGACUAUUGCGACAUCAUGAGAUGUGAUGUUUUGAAGAGCCAAGACCUAAAAUCGGUUUAUCAAGAGCAAGAAAACACUGAUAUUGAAAUUUGGCGAGAAGCUUCGGCAUAUUCGAAAGCAUUGGCAACUUCGAGUCCUCGACAUAUAGCGAAAUAUACUUUUAAAAAUGGCAAUUAUCCGCACAUGCAGAAACAUGCUAAAAAUGAUGCCAGUAUCAAGAGACAUUGCCAGAAAAAUGAGGCGACUGAAUCUACGAAUAGUAACCAAGAACGAAACGGCGGCAACAACAAAGAUGACAAAUCCCAAAACAACUCCAACAACGUAUGUCAGAGCGAUUUGGUUGAUUCGGCCUUGCCUGCACCUGACAAUAGACAACAACGAUUUGCCGAAUUGCAAAAACUCAAAGCCCAUUGUAAGCCGGAAGAACUACAAAAAAUCAAAACGAAAUGCGAAAUUUUAGUUAGAGAUUGCAUAGGUGGUUUACUCUUACAAUUAUCUUUAAAAGAUUUCAAAGAAGUUGAAGACGAACUCAACAGAGCAGUUUGUUGGUACCUCACUUGCGACAGAUACUGGGAGGAUUCCCAAUCGGAUAUUAGAAGUUUUCCAUGGGGCCUUCUUUGUAUGAUAAUUAUGGUCACUUCAUUGGGUAUUUGUAUGUGCUACUAUAUUAUUUGGGUUUUAUUUGAUAAAAACUUUUUUAGUACUGACGACGUCAGCGUUACUAGUGCUAGCAUUACUGAUAGGUCAACUCCAUCUCCGGCUCAUGCAUUGAGGCACGAUCUGCACCAAAAUAUGGACGGAAAUCAAAUAUAUACCGAAGACUAUUAUCUAGCACCUGAUAAAGAUAAUGAAUAUAUUUAUGUUACAUACCCUCCUGACUUGAAGAGAAGACUCCUCGAAAGCUGCUACAAUCGAACUACCCGCUUGUGAGAAAUAGACAACAUCUUAUAGAUAGUUAUUUUGAAUUAGAAGCUCCUGUCCGUCUCGAUUUAAAUAAUCUUCAAGUUUUUUUCGUACAAAAAGUAGAUUAGUUAAAAUUGUACAAUUGGUUUUGCCAAAAAAAUCUUUAUAUAAAUAUAUAUAAUUAUCUAUAACAUACGAAUUUUUCAUCGAAUAGAUUUUGCAGUUCAUAUUGAUUAAAUAAAUAUUUUAGAUAAAUAUAACACACUGUUAAUACGUUCAGUUACAUCUGGCUGACUUGAGGACGGUUUGGCGCAGUUAUUCUCUCCAAUAAAAAAGAUAAUUUACUAUAAAAACGGAAUUCAGCAACGUCGUCAUCGAACGAAAGUCAUAAACUACUCAGAAAACAUUCCUUUGGACAUAGCACUUUCAGUAUAAUAUUCACAUAACUUUUCCUCGGUUUUUUUUAAUUGAUUGCACUCAUUGCACAACGUAACUACCGAUGCAAUGCAAAUAUAUUCAUUCCAUCAGAGAUUAGAAGAGCCCUUCAAAGUAUUUACACUAAGCUUGUCCAUGAAGAAAGGUUCCCAACGAAUUUUCACGUUUGAAACAUGUUUAUUGUCACUAGGGGUGGUUGCCACAUGUAGCCGUUCGUUGUCAUCCGUCAGCAUUUUUGGGACCGCCCAAAUCUUGACAUAACCUAAGCGGUCUCUCAAAAGGUUGUGUUUACAGGAAUUGCUGACCUCGCUAAGGUCCACCACCUUUCGAUUUUUCACAAUCACUUCGUCCGGAAACGAUGACCAGUCAGAACUACUGUGUUUGCAUCAUUUUCUUUCUUUACAAUCUCUGUCAACUGGUCAUCUGACAUUCUGUCCACGUGGUCCCUCCAUUCCCUUCGUCGGUGUCUCGCCAAUCUCACUACAUGCUGGAUGUCACAUAUCUCCCUUAGUUAUAGUGUUCUCUGCUCUAGUCUUGGUUUACUUCAGGCAUAUCUGCAUGUUAAAAACUUUCGCUAUUUGUUUCCCAUCCGGUAUCCUCUUCCAGCUUGCUUUACCUCGUUUGUGAUCUCAUCCAUUAUGACGCCAAACAAGAUAGGUCUGAGGCUGUCUCCUUGUCUGAUGUGUUCAAGCUGUCUUAAUAAAAAAUUGGAAAACAACAAGAAAUAGAAAUAUGAUGCUAGACCCCUGGUCUGAAACAAUCAAAGUUACUUUUUUCUUAUUCUACUAACUGUACCCGAAAAAACCUUUCAGUUAAGCAAAGAUGAGCUAAGGAGAUAUUCAAUGGACACUGUCCAGUGAAUUAUUCCUUGAAGAACACCGGAAAAAACUCCCAAUAACUCCUUUUAGGAAGAAAACAGCCAAGCACCUUCUCUCGGGAUGCGGGGUGCUGUCUAUGAAAAUUUAUUCUAAAAUAUUUAUUUAAUGUCGUAUUUACCACAUUUUUAGUUGUUUCCUUUAUUAUUCUGAAUCAUUUCCAGUUGAAAUUAUGGCGUUGCAUGCACAAUUUGUUAUUUAGAAAGUACGUAGAGUAAUAAAUCAUAUAGUAUGAACUUUUUUAAACCAGUUUCCCUUCGAUAUUUUUCAAGUAAUCAACAAACUUAAAAUGAGUCGAAAUUUAUUCUCAGAAAUAUUUAUUUAUGUACUCAAAAAUUACUGUACGCGUUUGCUUAUUACAGGUUUUCACAAAAGAUUUGUCCUGAUAGAAAAUAUUCUAAUCCAACUUUCCCUAAAUUCUUUAUUUUAUUACUCUACGUAUUCUACGAAUAGAGUAGAUUUCAAUUUUAUUUAAAAGAUUUUAUACACGUUCACUUAGUUUUAAAAAAUAAAUAUAUUGUAUAUUGUAUGUCUAGUUUUUAGUAUUCCUUUACAAAAUUAGAAUAGUUAAUUAGAAUAUUGAAAUAUUCAAUAUUGAAUAAUUGAAAUCAUUUACAAACACAUCGAGACAUGGUACUGAUUGUAUCACUGGCUCUAGUGAAAAAAGGCAUAACUCGAAAACAAUACUUUUUAGAAGAUUGCUUACAAUAAAAUGAACUAAGGCCACAAUAUUUUUAUCUAGAAAUACUGCAAUUCAAUAAUUUUUUCACAAUUUAUUAAUAUACAAAAUUCAAUAACGUUAUUUCAAACAUUUUCGUUGUAAUAAAAAAGGUUAAACAAAUUUUCAGUUAACAGCUAAAGAUAUUACUAACUAACUAACCUAACUAAAAAAGCAUGGCCUGUCCGGCUGGAUGUAUAUGGUGUCUUAGAUGACUCUGUUUAGUUAUAAGGUCAGUGACUAGUCGAAUUUUGUGCCUGUUUUGGGUGGAGCAGUUUAUUGGUAAGAUGAAACAUCCCAUUUAUGUAUGCCUUUGCUUGGCACAUAACAUUCUUUCCAUCUCCACAGAGUUUGUCGUGCAAGUUGACAACUCAGAGAUGUAAUAGCUACAUUUCUAGCUACACCCAGUGUGGUUCUUAGCUCAUGUAUGUAUGUAAAUAGUAGCAUGUUUCCCAAAGAAGAAAAAUGCACCGGGGUAGCCUCUGCAGUAGCAUGCUUCGGCAAGCCAUUCAUCCUGGUGUCAACCGGGUACAUGUCCGACUGACACGUGAUUGAUAUUAUUA